AACGCAGUUUGUGCGAGCGCGAGCAACAUCCUCUUCGCCCUCUCUCGUUCUAGCGCGCCACAGGUUUCGAAGCAUAUGGUCGCUCCCGCGACGCUUUCGGGCUAGCCGUGCCACCUGUUCCGUCUCACCGGUCCCUCGUACAAACCUCACGCAACCGUUCGUAUCGAUCUUGGAACGCUGGCUUGCAUCAAGCUGAGCGUUGUGCGGUCGAGAGCGGCGUCGUCGUACCACAGUGCUGAAUGUCCAAGGUUUCGGCUUGCAGUGCGGCAGUGUGGACGGGCGAAAUCCCGCGACAGCUGACAUAGCCGCCGAUGUCAAAUAGGAGAGUGAUUGCGAACACUUGCGGCGGCGGUGACUGUGAAUAUGUACUACUUCAAGACGCGACAAUGAAGAUGGAAGCAUAUGAUCAUGGUGGAAAUGUAAACCAGGACCUACGAGGGUUCACCCUCGGCUAUGGGCUGGCCCAGGUUUUGGGGCUGAGCUGUGUCCUCAUGGUGGUUGUGUGGACAAGCCACUACUUUGGUGGCUUCUCUGGCCCCAGCAAUCCCAAGACUGAAUUCAACUACCACCCAGUCUUCAUGGUUCUAGGCAUGGUUUUUCUUUACGGAAAUGCAAUGUAUUUUGACCCAGGUAUCCUGGUGUACCGUGCGCUGAGGAGUGAGCGCAAGUCGCGCCUCAAGCUGCUGCAUGGGGCCCUGCACGCCCUGGCCUUCUUGUCUUCCGUAGUAGCCCUCAAGACUGUGUUUGACUCGCACAACUUUGCCAGUCCACCAAUUCCCAACCUCUACUCGCUGCACAGCUGGAUGGGGCUGCUCACUGUCAUCCUGUUCUCUGCACAGCUGCUAUGUGGAUUCGUGGCUUUCCUGUUUCCUGGAGUGCGCCAGUGGUUGCGAGCUCAAUACCUGCCACUGCACGUCUAUUUCGGACUGGCCAUUUUCGUGCUUGCUGUGGCCACUGCUUUGAUGGGGAUCCUGGAGAAGCUCAUCUUUUCACUGAAAGCAAACUACCAGACGCUGCCUGGUGAGGCGGUGCUGGGCCACAUGAUAGCACUGUGCAUGGUGUGCUUUGCGGCCAUGGUGGUGUACUUGGCCACCCGAACAUCAUACCGCCGAACGCCUUUGCCGGAGGAGGCCACCUUGCCUCUGCAAGCGCACACACCCACCGAUUGAUGACACAACUAAUGCUUUGAAACUGCCCUGUUGAUCUGAUUUCUUAUACAUCUAUCUUUCUGACAGUUAAUGAUCUCUGUCUUGGGCAGUAAUUUAUUAGUUUGGUUCAUUCUCUUUUAAUAAUUUUGGUCUUUGUAACUUUUUUGCUUACUGAUUGUGGAUCUCUAUGCUAAAUAUUUUAUCAAGAGUCUUGCCUCAAUUGUCUCCUGAGUCUGUGAAUUGAGAAUUGCGAUUGAGGACCUUUCAAAAGGCUGCCAGAGAUUUUUUUUGUUCUUUUGAACAUAAUUGGACUUAUAUGUGAUUUUUGCCACGAACUUUUAGCAUUUUUCUUCUGCUGUGGCUUUCUGCAUGUAUUCAAGUGAUAUGGACAGAAACGAAAAAAUUCAUCUGGCUGUCCGAUUCGCUAAAGGGGCUUUCAAUGCAUGCUUCUUGUAUGCAUAAAAAUAUUUUUUCCUUGUUAGUUUUUUUGUGAGACAAUAAUGAUUUAAAAAUUAGCGACAUGGAUGUAAUAAGUUGCUUUCGUCACAUUGAAUUAUAAAACUGCAUCUACAAGCGACAUAUGAAAAUACAAAUAAUAAAAAAAAAUAUUGGAGUCGUA